AUGGGUGCCUUAACGUUUCUAUCGAGUAGUUUAGCUGUUUGCCAACUGCUUCUUCUUCUCCUUCCAUCCAUUGCUCGAUGUGCGGAUACACUUUUCGAAGGUGGGACUGUUAUAUCGUUCGAUGAUGCCACUCAGAAUGUGCAAGUCCUUUACAACACCUCCAUCCUAGUUUCUGGAAACGAAAUCACAUCAAUAUUCCCACAGUCGCGGAACAUUACCCUCCCUCCAGGCACUGAGAUCAUACCCUCAGAAGGAAAAAUUCUGUCCCCCGGCUUCGUCGACACACAUCGCCACCUUUGGCAAACUGCAUUCCGGACGAUAGCCUCGAACACGAGUUUGGCAGAGUACUUUUCGCGCUAUGGCGAGUUUACCCAGGUUGGGACUGUCUACAGCGCGGACGAUAUUUACUACGGUCAGCUUACAGGCAUCUAUGAAUCGCUCAACGCUGGAGUAACAUCGAUUCUGGAUCAUGCACACCAUACAUGGUCGAAUGAUACAGCAUUGGCUGGGUUGAACGCCUCCGUCGAGAGCGGUGCAAGAGUAUGGUGGUGCUACGCCAUUCAUAAUCUUACGAACGGCUACAGUCGUGAGGAGCAGUUGGCGUACUUCCAGGACCUUUUGGAGGAUGGGCCUUCGAGGAACAGUUCUACGGUAGAAGUCGGGCUGGCGUAUGACAUGCUGUCGCUUGAUACUCCGCCUGCGGUGCAAACUGUAGUCGAUCUUGCCAUACAACAGAACGUAUCACUUAUCACCAUGCAUACCCUUGGCGGGCCCUGGGGAUAUCUAAAUGGCCCCACACUAGCCAACAGCUACGGAAUCCUCAACACCACAAUCCCGAUCGUCUUCUCCCACGGCAGCUAUCUCUCAGUCGAAGACGUGCAGCUCCUCCGCUCAACAAAUCAAUACCUCUCUAUCACGCCAGAAUCCGAAAUGCACUAUGGUCACACUCACCCCAUCUCGCAUCUAGCGCAGGACCAAGCAGCCCUAGGCAUCGACACCCACUUUACCUUCAGCGCAGACAUCAUCACUCAAGCCAGGCUAUGGCUCCAAGUCACCCGGCGCCUCCUUUACCAGCAGGUGUUGGAGAACUGGCGGAUCCCCCGCAACAACCCAAUGUCAGUGAACCAAGCCUUCCUGCUCGCCACGCGGUCUGGCGGCCUGGCCCUGCGCCGCCCUGACAUUGGCGUCCUCCGCGAAGGGGCGAAGGCCGACAUCGUCGUCUUUGACGGCUCAUCCCCCAACAUGCUGGGUUGGGCCGAUCCGGUUGCUGCGGUUGUGCUGCACUCGAAUGUUGGAGACGUGCAGCAUGUCAUGGUGGAUGGCGUGUUCAAGAAGCGCGACUUUAGGCUUACCGUUGGUGAUGACUACGCGGAGGUGCAGCAGCGGUUCCUGGCGUCGGCGAGGAGGAUCCAGGCGAUUUGGGAGGAGACUCCGCUGCCGGGUCUUCAGGGCGAGUUCCAGAGUGGGAGUGGGAUUUAUUAUGCGGAUGCGAUGACGGCGGAUGUGGUGCGUGGGAAUGGCACUGGGUACUGA